UGAGCGCAUGCGCUUAGAGAAGCGGGCUGGUGAGGGCCUCCCACCUAGGGAAGGGGGAGACGGAAAUGGCGGGGAUUUCCGCGGACCCGCUCGCCCCCGGCCGGGCGCCGGCUGGAGAGCGCGUUAAGGGCAGAGCCCGGGGCGGUGGUCGCCGGGGAGAUCGAAGCUAGGGCUCCGACCCGCAGCUGGAGCAGGGUCGCGGCGGCCCGCUGACCGGCCGGUGUUUGUGUGUAUGUGCCCGCGCAGGGAGACAUGGAGAACUGUUUGGCGGCCGCGGCGCUGAACGGGGUGGACCGACGUGCCCUGCAGCGCACGGCUAGGCUGGGUCAAGAAGUGCUGGAGCGGGCCAAGAGGAGGGCGGUGGACUGGCAUUCGCGGGAGCUUCCCAAAAGCGGCGUGGGGGUCACUUCCCGGGAGCGGCUCCACAGAGAAAGACGGUCCGCAGCUGGCCCCCAGCGCCUUCUCCCGGGAGAGAGAUACUGUUCAUCUGUGCUGGAGGAAGGAGGGGCGGUCCACGUCUCUCGGUAUCACAGAGGGAAGUCGGAGCUGCGCUGGUGCUGGGACGAUGGGCACAGCCAGGCUGAGAACACCUCUAAGGACCUCUACAUAGAAGUAUAUCCAGGGACCUAUUCUGUCACUGUGGGUACAAAUGACUUAACCAAGACUCAGGUGGUAGCAGUCGACUCGGGACAAAGUGUGGACUUGGUCUUCCCCGUAUGAUGUGGACCAUCAUGGCUAUCCCAUCACCUUUUUUUUAAGUAGCAAGAAGAAUAAAGUCACUGUAUGAUUCUUUUCAUAUUUACCCAGUGAUCCUGCUUUCAGGGCUGACUGUAGAGGGUCAGCCUUCCUGGGAAUUGGAUUUUGUCUCUUUCAGUGCCUAUUUUAACUUAAACGUCUAGAAGACCCCCCCACCCCCACUUUCUGCUGAAAGUCAUACUGUAAUGAUGCUGUCUCAAUAGUUUUUAACUGCUUACUGGAAUUCCAGGUGAA